AUGACUGAACAAAAUAAAAUGAUUGCGAAUGACAGUGCUUCAGUAACACAACACGAUGACAGAGUUAAGGAAAUGUACUGUGAAGAAUGUGCAAACCAUGGUGAUGGCUAUUCAACAGCUGUAGCUUUCUGUGUGGAUUGUGUAGAAUAUAAAUGUGUGACCUGCCUAAAAUAUCAUAAGAGAGAAACACAAACUCACAUAAUUCAAGAUCGUAAAAAGAUGCCACAAUCGUUCUAUUUUGAGAAGUGUUCCACACAUCCUCAACAGCUGAUCAAGUUUUACUGUUCUGUGUGUAGCAAAGAAGCCUGCCAAAUAUGCAAGGAUAAUGAGCAUGUAAACUGUAGAGACGUGAACCAUUUAUCAACACUUGCUUCGGGCAUACAAAAAAGUAAAGACUUUAAAGACCUUCAACAGAACUUGGAUAAAUUGUAUGCUGAUAUAAAAGACACAGAAAAGCUUUUGAAUGUCAAAAGUGAAGUGGUUGAUAAACAAGAAGAAAAGGCAACUGAAACAUGCAAGGAGCACAAAGAUAAACUAUUUAAAGCCUUUAAACAACUGCAUCAAGAUCUCAUUGAAGAUUUUAAUAUGAAGAUGAAAGAGACCAUUGAAAGGUUGAAGAAAGAAAGGUUGGAACUAGUUGAAGAGUUAUCCGAAAAGGAUAGAAAAUUUAAAAACAAGAUAACAAAAGCUGAAACAGAUAUGAAAGAACAGGUUGCUAGCACAAACACAAACUUUAAGGUUCUAAGGUCAGAACAUUUAUAUUUGGUAAAGAAUUUAAAGGUUCUUACUUCUGAUCUAGACCAAGCCAAAAAAUUAGGUCAAAACUGUGAACUUUUUAUCAAAUUACAGUUAGCAAAACAAAUGUGUGAAACCCUUACAACAAAAUACUGA